AUGGAUUCCCCUGCCGUAACAGCCCCGCUUGACCCCCAGGAGCAGCCGAUCCUCGACCAGCUGCUGCUCGUACGAGACGCUUUGUUACUACUGAAACAGGACAAAUCUACCUAUAUCAAGUCCCAAGAUGUUCUGCCGUUUUAUGAUAGAGUUAUUGAGCAGGUACAACUGUUGAACAGCAUCCGCUCGGGCAGAGUAGAGAAGAAAGAGCAUAAUAGAGUUGAUAAUGUCCUGGACGAUUGCUUUCAGCUUAUUUCCUUAUUAUUUCUUACUGUUGGUAGAAAUAAUGAAGCUCCCGCCACAUAUUCAAUGGCUUCAACCAUCAAGCGCCUGCUUGACCACCUAAAAGAAGCUUCCUUUUAUAGUCAGAAAGAUCUCGAUUCCAUAGCAAAAACCCUUCGAAAGAUGGGAGAGACUGUGGACCGUGGCAAAGAAACCUACUCUCCACAUCUUUUAACCCUCUUGCAGGCCCGUCUAGACAAUUGCGAAAAACAACUAGCGGAUUUACAACACGAAAUAUCCUUGCUAUCUCCCGAACUGAACUCAACACAUGAAACACUUAUUUCGAUAUUACGAUCCACUGCGGCUGCAAAUACAAGGUCUAAGUUUUCUUUCUCUGAGGUCUCUGGUUUCAAAGAUAGGUUAAUUGAAAUAAAAGGAAAUAUGAAAGAUGGCAAGUUUGUAGCUUUGGAUGGAUCUGUACCUGAAGGCCAAGAGAUAGUGAAAGUUCUUUUAGAAAGAUGCUUAAUAUGGGUAGAUAUUGUUUUGGAACGACAGGGAAAUAUUGACGAACGCUUUAAGGAACGGUAUGAUCAUCUUGUCGAUAUUCGAAACCAACUGGAUCGGCUUGCCAUGACACAAGCGUGGUCCCUACGAGAGACAGAUCUCUACAUGUUUCAAAGGAAAUUAAAUCAAAUUGACGCCUGUCGAAUAAACGGUAACUUCUUGGAUGCGACAGGUCGGCCGGCAGACCUUCAUGCACAAAGGACUCUAUUAUAUCUGAUUCGCCGAAGCUAUGCGUUAAUAUACGGGCUUCUGAUUUCCUCUGAGCCCGUCUCGGAAGCCCUCCUACCAAUCUACAAUCAACUCCAAACUCUACGGAAAUGUUUAAUGGAGGUCAAAGAGUCUGGAGGCGUCUCUAACUCCAGAGAAUUAUACCCCUAUAGCAUGAAGCUCAAUUCAAUCGAUAACAUGCGCGUCGAAGGCAAAUUUUACAUAGGAGCAGACCUACCAGAAGGCCAAGGCAGCGUUAAUGAAUUACUUGCCCAAUGCUAUGAUCUCUGUUAUGAAUUACGGGCCGCUGCGGAGGAGGAAGGUUCAGCCGAGCGGGAUAUCAUAUAG